GCCACCUUAAUUUCUCUCCCCCGUACUUUACUCCUCCAGAAAGCAACGCAAGUAGGAGGAGAUACAGCAGCGGUUGGUCGCCACCACGUUCCACCGCCGCUGCCGGAGAAGGAGGAGGAGGAAGGCGGCCGGACCAUGGCGGGGAAGCACGGCCGCAACGGCUUCGAGGACGACGACGUCAACCCCUUCGCGGGAGGGAGCGUUCCUGCUGCAUCCAACGCUCGACUCUCACCCCUCUCCCAUGAACCAGCCGGUUUUUAUAAUGUGGACAUCCCUAUGGAUUCAGCUAAGGAUGUGAAGAAAAAGGAGAAAGAACUCCAGGCUAUGGAAGCUGAGCUAAACAAAAGAGAAAAGGAAUUGAAAAGGAAGGAAGAGGCUGCAUCUCGAGCUGGCAUUGUCAUCGAAGAGAAAAACUGGCCGCCGCUUUUCCCUCUCAUUCACCACAAUAUUUCAAAUGAGAUACCCAUCCAUCUACAGAGAAUGCAGUACCUUGCAUUUUCAUCAUUUUUGGGAUUGACUGCCUGCCUCUUCUGGAAUAUCAUAGCGACCACAACAGCAUGGGUUAAGGGAGAAGGUGUUAUGAUUUGGCUGCUUGCCAUUAUUUACUUCAUAUCUGGUGUUCCUGGGGCUUAUGUGUUAUGGUACCGUCCUCUUUAUAAUGCAAUGAGAACUGAGAGUGCUUUGAAGUUUGGGUGGUUUUUCAUGUUUUACAUGAUUCAUAUAAUCUUCUGUGUGUGGUCAGCCGUGUCUCCUCCAUUUCCUUUCAAAGGAAAUUCUUUGACUGGGAUUUUGCCUGCCAUUGAUGUCAUAACCAAGAGUGCUAUCGUGGGGAUAUUUUACUUUGUUGGAUUUGGAUUGUUCUGCCUUGAAUCACUGCUGAGCAUAGGUGUCAUUCAGCAAGUAUACAUGUACUUCCGUGGGAGUGGGAAAGCGGCAGAGAUGAAACAACAGGCAGCACGCAGUGCCCUGAGCUCCGCGUUCUGAUGAAGAAAACCAGCAGCCAUAUUAUAGACAGGCGGUGUGUGUGUGGAAGGAGACAGGGUGUGCCGAUUGGGCAUGGUAGUCUUGUACAUCUCUGAAAGUGAGCGGAUUUGGACCAUCGAAAGCAUACAGCUUUUAUCUUUUUGCUCUUCUGUUAAUACAAAUGUAAGGAGCCUUCCUGUAUGGAUAACUUAAGGUGUUUCCAUUUGUUGCCAUGGUUUUAGAUGCAGGUCUGAUAGCGAGAAUAGAUUACUGUUCGUGGUGGAAUAUAUUUGCAUAUGCUUGCGUUGGGGUAAAUUUGCUUGGUUUAUUCUUGGCAA